AUGAACAGGAAGUUCUUCAUCCCAAACGCAGACAAGACGGUGCUGGAUACCGUCUAUAGAGAUGAAGCACAACUCAAGCUCCAGAAGUAUAUGCACCAACGCAAGCAGUUUCUAGAUCCAAAUUCAGCAUUCACAAGCUUGCCAUAUAGAAACCUGGAUAGCCUCAUUUUUGAGAACACUUUUGAACCGUCGCAGACCUGGGAAGAGAUCACCACCAACAAUAGAACCCUUCCACCUUGUGCUGGGUCAAUCAUCGAAUACCAUGACGUCGAAAGCGACUCCAAUAGCCUUGCUGUUGUUGUCAGAGAACUGCAGUCAAAGUUCAAUGAAAAUCAUAAUAAGCUUAUUGUGCUCACUCUGGAAAAUGAGCUUUCGAGGGUGUAUCCUCAAGAUAUCAACUUUGCGGCCUACCAAGUUUUUGAUGCUGAAUGGAUAGAAUCCCUAGGUAUUUUAUAUCAUCGUUUUGCAGAAGAAUAUGAACCGCGGCUACAGUUGGUGGACAUACUCAGGCAGUUCAUUACAACUACAAGAGAGAUGCAAUUAGAAGUACAGAAAGAGCUCAAAAAAGUUUAUGCAACAAUAGCUUCGCCCGACAAUGCUAAUUCGACCAGUAUUUUAGCGGUGGCAAAGUACAUGGACUACGACUUCCAAAGUUACUUUCAUCAAUCGGCAUUUCUCAUGGCGAUUCACUUGGAGAUGUGUCACGAUGUGACACGUUGGGUGGUUCUGCUGUGUAUCCCAAAAAGAACAACCAAUCUAAUCUCGACACGUUGUUCCAACGACAUUCCUCCGGAAACAGUCUACUUCGCUAAUCUGUUGAACAAUCAUGAUGCGAUCCUGGAUUUCCUUAGUUACGACGAACUGAAACUCCAGGAAUUCAAAGCUUUACUUGGAAAACUUAUAGAGCUGCCAAAAAGCUAUGAUGACCUCAUUGUUGAGCUUAAUAUCUGGCUGGGCAAGCCGUUUUUGCAUGCUUUUAAGACCUUAACUUUUGCAUUAAUCCACCCACAUAUUCGUCUUACUAGCCUUAUUGGAAAACUAUUAUUAGCACAUUCAUCUCAACCCGCAGGACUUCUGGAUAUUGAGAAUUUGCUCGAACAAAUCGGCCUUUUUAAUAACCCUAAGAACCCUUUGACAGACCCAGUCUUAUCAUCAAAUCUAUUAGGAAGACCCUCGCUUGAUCAACUAAUGGUGGCAUCACCCAAAGAGCUUAAGCCCUCCCAACUAGAGCUAAUUUCGGCACGACUAUUAUCCUCUGGGCAACUCGAUGACAAAUUUCGCCACUUGCGUAAGUCGAAGCGUUACUUUCUGGAUCACGUCAUAUAUAUGCUACCGUCGGAUAAGAAGUUUUCAAGCGUCGGAAUUUCUCUUGAAAAGAUCAACGCCAGAAAGUUCCUCAUCAAUAUUCAUGUGCCUGAUGUGGCUGCAAGAAUCGCCCCAGCAAGCCCAUUGUUCGAAGAAGUUUCCAAGCAUUCUUUUUCAUUAAGGUCAUUGAAGAACCUUAUGGGCAAAGACCUGAUUGAGCUAUUGGCCAAGAAUGUAAGAGAGGAACUCCUUUUGAAGCUGAAUUCAAGAGUCACCAAUGGCGAAUUCUUCAGCGUGGGAGAUUUCAAAGAGGAUUCCGAGUCUCAUGAAAUGAAGACAUGCAUGACAGUGACGUAUGAGUAUAACACCUUUGCUCUGUCUCCGCUCAAAGAGCUUGAGAAUGGAGUUUCUGUUACCUUCGACAGAAUUCUGGCUCACCAAGUUAAGGAACUCAGCUGGGACCUUCUCGAUGAUGCGAUCUCAGGACGUCUCGAGACGGGUAUUUUGAACGCCUUCAAGUUGUUCAACAGACGGCAGCCUGCCGAGGAGAAUGACUCUCGCGUAACACUAGAUGAAUCGGACAUUCUGAAUCUCGGUUUCAUAUUCAAUGUGAUGAAGACACAUUUCAACACCAGGGCAAUUCGCUGUGCUUCAGAGCCUCAUCCCGCCAUCUUCCAACGUUCGGUUUCAAGGUCCUUGAGCUAUAAGACUAAGGAUGAAGAGGAGUUGAUCCAUACCGAUUUGGCUCUUCUGUCUGUUGAGAAAGCGCUGAAAUUAGGACUGGCGAUGUUCUUCACAGGUGAAAUAAAAACCUUUCUUGACUCGCUUGUGGCCUCUUUCUGUCACAGGGAGUCAAUUCCGGUAUUGGCCAGGGGCGACGACCUUCUCAACCCGGAUGAGGAAACACCAAGUUAUGAAGGUCUGGAAUCUGAUGAGGUUUUUGUUUCUCACGACAACAAGCUUUUACCGAACUAUUAUUGCAAUUCCUACUAUCAGGCUAUCAUGGCCAAAGAUCGAAAUGGUUUUGUUUCUUUACCAGCUUUAAUAAUUGGCAACAACUAUUUGGGCAAGCCAACUCUUGCAUUGAGUGGUAACACAUAUCUGUUGACCAAAGGCCUUCCACGAGGGCGAGUGGAGGUUUCUGACGCCAUGAGUAACGUUGAGGCAUAUUUAAACCAGCUUCAAAUCAUUUCUUUCAUUAAUCAGCAAAAAAUUGCCAGCAGAAACUACUUACAUCUGGUGGCUCAAACACUGCAUUACAAAGCAUUGGGGUAUCCUGUUCAUGGCCCCUUAUCUAAAAAAUUCAUGAGUGAUCAAGUUAUCAAGUUGCAAAAUGCCAAACUUGGCUGCGAGUUUCUCAGCGAGAGAUACAACCGCUACUGGAAACUCAAAUUCCUCGAGCAGCAGAUCAAAGCUGAAGAUGACGAUUCCGAAAGUACCACAUUUUCAUGUGUCGUGACUUCUACUGGCCAUGAGAUUGAUCUCAAUUCAAAAUUGGCACGUUGUUGGUGCACCGACCUUGCACUAGAGGUCGACCUACUAGUACAUCCAUAUAAUGACUUGAGCAUAGGCUCGAGUGUCACAGCGGAUAAGAGCACUCUCCAGCCGUCAUUGAAGGAUUUCAAGUCCUUGGUGGAAAACGCCAAAGAAAAUCACGAUGCUCCAAACUUGUACCCCAUCUACAAGUACGUUGCCAACGAGGAUUUGACAGUACACCUGGCCUACCUCAAGUUGUCUGAUUUGAAUAAUCCAGACAGACCGGCCUCGUUCUUGUUUGAGUCGUCUGUCAAUGGUGACUCGGUCGACAGAUAUUCCUUUAUUGGUAUCAACCCAAGAAAGAUCAUCAGAACCGGCGACGAUGCUGAAAAAUACGAUACUGAAUACAACAAUGUCGAUCCGCUUGUCAUCUUGGAAAAAGAAUUAGAUCAGUAUAAGCAGGCCAAGUUGCCCGGCUUGCCUCCUUUGAAAGGUGGUGCAGUUGGAUACAUUUCCUACGACUGUAUCAAGUACUUCGAACCCAAGACAAGAAAGCCAUUGAAGGACGCCUUGCAGGUUCCUGAGGCUGUCUUGAUGCUUUGCGAUCUAAUAGUCGUGUUUGAUCAUGUUUACCAAAGAUUCCAAAUCAUCAACAACGUCAAGGUCGACAAGGACACGGAUUUGUCUGCGGCUUACGAAAAAGCAGAAAAAGAGAUCUUGGACGUUCAGGCCAUUUUGCACACCCACAAGCCUUUGGAGGAGCUCAACCCCGAACAGCCUCCUAUCAAGCCAGACCAAACCUUCACCUCAAAUAUCGGAAAGACUGGCUACGAGCUGCACGUUGCUACAUUGAAGAAACACAUCAAGCUAGGUGAUGUCAUCCAAGCCGUUCCUUCGCAGAGAGUCGCCAGACCAACUUCGUUGCACCCUUUUAACAUCUACCGUCAUUUGAGAACCGUCAACCCUUCGCCUUACUUGUUCUACAUCGACUUGAAGGAUUUCCAGAUCAUUGGAGCCUCGCCAGAAUUGUUGGUGAAGUCCGAUGAAAAAGACAAGAUUGUCACCCACCCUAUUGCUGGUACGAUCCAGAGAGGUAAAACUAACGAGGAGGACGAGCGCAACGCUCAGAUUUUGCGUUCUAGUUUGAAGGACAGAGCCGAACACAUCAUGUUGGUUGACUUGGCCAGAAACGACGUUAACCGUAUCUGCACGCCAGAGAGUAAUUCCGUGGACCGUUUAUUGACUAUUCAGCGUUUCUCUCACGUCAUGCAUUUGGUGUCUGAAGUCAGUGGUACGUUGAGAGAGGGCCAGACCCGUUUUGAUGCUUUCAGAUCUAUCUUCCCUGCUGGUACUGUCAGUGGUGCUCCUAAAGUUAAGGCCAUGGAGCUUAUUGGUGAAUUAGAGAAGGAGAAAAGAGGCGUUUACGCUGGUGCAGUGGGUCACUGGGGUUACGACGGAAAGACCAUGGACACCUGUAUUGCAUUGAGAACGAUGGUCUAUAAGGACGGUGUUGCGUACUUGCAGGCCGGUGGAGGCAUUGUGUUUGACAGUGACGAAACGGAUGAGUACGAGGAGACGAUGAACAAAAUGAGAGCCAACAACAAUACGAUUGUUGAGGCAGAGAAGAUCUGGCUUCAGAAAGUUGGAAGCGAGUAA